CACAGUGAGGACUUCUUUAUGUGCAAGACAAGUGCCGUCACCCUCAAUGUGAAGUCUCAGCGGCGGACAAGCGUAGUAAAAACGACUGAUAAUCUUCAUGAACAUCUUAAGAAGAUCCUGUCUAUCCUCCGUUUUGAAGAUUACAUAAAGCUGAUUGUUAAGUUAGAGAAUCCAGCUCCCCGUCCUUUUUGGCAUCGUUACUUGGCAAUCAUUUCUACAGUCGGCACCCUGGGCUCCGAGGAGUCUAUAAUUCUUGGACUCGACGUUCAAAAGGGUGAAGUGACAGUUGGUCUUGUUCUCCCUAUCCUCCAAGACAUGGCUAUAAAACUAGAUGGUGAUGGUGGAUUCAAACUCAUCACAAAGACGACAGUGUACCUCUUCAAACCCAUCUCGGUCCAGGCCCUAUGGGCAGCGCAUCAAGCAAUUGUGAUCGCCUGCAGAGUAGCCCAGACAAGGGCAUAUCAUGCCCGAGGUCUCAGUCAUACCUGGAUCACCUACUACUCUUCACUCGCUUUUUCGGAUCCGCAAAAGUUGUACGAAUGGAACAAAAUGGAGGACAUUGAAGAUAUGGGACGGGCGACUCCGCAACCAGUGGAAUUAAGCAGCACCGUAGACGAUAACGAGUGA